GCUACAAUGUAUCAACAAUUGUUGUUUUAGCACGGCUACUGUUUGUGAUUGGUGUUUUUAAACACUUGCGCAGGGGAGAGAAGGUGUGGCUUCAUCAAAACAAUGCUGUCCUCCUAGGCACAUACAAUGACCACUCGCGCGAAGGAAUGUUGGCAAUUAAAAUUAUCGGAAUGAAUCGUUCUAAAAGAAGCAGUUAUUAUUCACUGGCAUAAAAAUAACUUUUUUUACGUAACCAAUUUUUAUUGAAAUUUAUGGACUAUGCAAAUAGUUAUUAGGACAUCCUGCUUGCCUUACAACAGCAGCGUAGCCAAGAUUGCAAGUUGCUUUUGAACGAGCUAGUAGUGCAGCUAACGUAACGUUGUAAGUUAGCGGUCAGCUUCGAUAUCUGUCUUUUUGUAGCGACUUCAUCUGUCAAACCUGAACGACGGAAGCUGGACUCCUGUUAGCUAAGCUAACGUUACAUCUCAUCUGUAAAAUAACCUCAGUUGUUGCAUCUCCCAUCUACGGUGUUGAGACCCAAGAAGCUACAGACAAUCAGAGGCAAAAGACACAAGUGCCUCCUGCACCGCUGGUCCACUCUUCCGGAGUGUGACUUGUCGGACCCCACGACGUCACCAAUGCGACCAUGGGAAAUAGCAGUGAAUAGGCGGCCACCAGCAGCCCCCUUGAACCAGAGAAGGUUCUUAGGAGAGCCCUGCAACACCCCAGUGCACCUCAGGAGAAGCCCGCCAGUGAGACGGCAGUGGGGAAGACGAGACCGACCAGUACUGCUGCACAACGGCCUGGUCCAGGAUGAGAACUUCCACUACUCGCUCUUUUCCCAGCCGCAACAGCAUCAGGUUCCUUUAGAUGAGGCCAGACAGUACAGCCACACCAGCGCACCGCCACGCAUGCUUCACCCCGCCGCGCACCCAUCCCAGCAUCAACACGGCCCCAUCAUGGUGGAUCUACACGACCAGAUGCACCAGGGAUCCGUUCCAAUAUCUUACACUGUUACCACGGUCACGACACAUGGAUUCCCCAUCCACACCGGGCAGCCUCUCCCAGGGUGCAACAGUCAGCAGCUCCCAGCAUGCUCGGUAAUGUUCAGCGGACAGCUCUCUCUGCUCUGCUGCCUUCCUCCUCCUCUCAUCCAGGCGUGUACAAUGCAGCAUUUGCCAGUGUCUUACCAAGCCUUCCCACCCCUAAUCUCAAGUGAACAUUUUCUAGUGCACCCUACCCCUCCUGUCCCCGCCCACCAGCCGCCUCACCUUACUCCUCUCAGCCAGUUCCUCCCGCUACAGAGGCAACACCCACGCAUGCCUCUCCAGAGGGUAGAGAAUGAAGUGGAUCUCCGGGGGGACCAGCACCCAUUAGGGACGUUCUCUUACCCUCCCUCCAGCCACCAUCACCCACCAGCGAUGCCUCCCUCUGUCCCCCUUCAGUAUCUCCCUCAGGAGACACUGCACCAGGAAAUGCCCUUCCCAGUGCCAUAUCCUCACAUGUUGCCACGGCGCGUCAGUGGCCAACGGUACCGGUUACAGCAGCCCCUGCCACCCCCUCCGCCCCCCCCUGCCUAUUACCCUGGCUUCCUGCCGUACUUCCUGUCAAUGCUUCCUGUGCCUCCUACAGCCGUGGGUCCAGCCAUCAGCCUGGACCUGGACGUGGACGAUGUGGAGAUGGAGAACUAUGAGGCGUUACUGAACCUUGCUGAAAGGCUGGGUGAGGCAAAGCCACGCGGGCUAACCAAGGCAGACAUUGAGCAGCUUCCAUCCUACAGGUUCAACCUCGACAACCAUCAGUCUGAACAAACGCUGUGUGUUGUGUGUUUUAGUGACUUUGAGUGUAGGCAGCUACUUCGGGUAUUACCCUGCAACCACGAGUUCCACGCUAAGUGUGUCGACAAAUGGUUAAAGACCAAUCGCACUUGUCCAAUCUGCCGUGCUGAUGCAUCGGAGGUCCACCGUGAGGUGGAGUGAGUGACGUCCCGGCUCAGAGCUCUUUGAUUGGAUAGCAGCACAAUACUUAAAACCCACAGAGUCUGUCUGCCCCGGUGCCUGCCCCGGGGAUGCCUGCCACCCACCUAACCC